CUCACGACGAAUGUCAAUGUCAAACUAUCAGAGUGUCAGCGGUGUAUUUUGUUAAUUUAUUUUUAAUUUAAACUUUAUCAACAUCUAAAAUUAAGAUUUCCUGUGUAUUUUUUAAAAGUAACUGUUAAGUAUAAAGAUUCUAACCAUGUGUUAUGUUAUAGUUACCGGUCGAAGUUUAGCAUGGCUCUUGCUAAGUUUAGUUGCUUUUUUGUUAAUAUUAACUGGUAUUAUGACUCCUAAAUGGCUUAUGGGGCAGCCUGUGGUGCUCAACGAGAAUAAUAUCACCAGUUUUUAUGUCCCAAGCGUCGGUAUAUACAACAGAUGUAUCCGCAUGAAGGAUGACCACAACAACUGUGCCUCAUUCUCAUUUUAUGGAUUGGCAACAGAUUCGUCCGUAUACCCCACACCCUGGAAAGCAGCUAUGUUCUUCUUGUCCUUAUGUGCAGCCAUACAAUUUGCAACAGUACUUGCAGGAGUGAUGGCUUGUUGUGUCCAGUCAGUGUUUAAGAAGAGUGUCAUAUCUCUAGCGGGGGCUACACAGGCUCUUGGAGGUCUAUUUGGUGUGUUAGGAUUAUUGCUCUACCCGUGGGGUUGGGGAGCGCCCCGCGUGCAGCGCCUCUGCGGGAAAAACUCGGAACCAUACUUACUUGGUGACUGUUCCAUUGGCUGGGCGCUCUUCGUCACAGGCACAGGCAUUGCUCAGAUAUUCCUAGCCAGCGCUCUGUCCAAAACAGCUGAUAAAGCUGCCAACUCAGACAAGGUACAGUUUCAGAUGGACGAAGGCAAGCAAUUGAUAUGUUUAGCAUAAGAUUGAGACUCCUGGACUAUAAUACUAAGUUUGGAGGUUAAAACUCUUGGUCUAUUGGACUAAAUUUCAUCAUAUGAUCGUACGAUCGAAUUGUCAUUUGAGACAAGUACUUUAUCAGUCUUCCCUAUUGCUUGGAUAUUAUGAAGUCAUUUUGUUUGUAGUUUGACACAAAAUGUCUCAUUGAUAACUGUUUGAAACCCGCAAGAACUAAUAAGACGUAAUACGCAUAAAUUUUUGUCCCAAAUUGGCAAUUCCCAAAUUGUUUCGUCUCAAGUAACAAGUGGUUUUACACACAAUAACCGGUGAAUUUGAUUGAGGAUAAAAUUGUAUGUAGAUGACGUCAGAAAACUGUAAGCAGGAAAUGUAUUAUUCAUAUUGUAAAGGCUGAUUACAGAUUCUAUGACGACAGACAAUAAAAUUAAUAUAAGUGCUAAAAUAGCUCUUAUGCUCUUGAAAACAUGGUUGAUUUUAUAUAUAAUACUUAAAAAUAGUUAAAGAUUCUAUAUUUAUAUAACUGAAUAACAGCUCUUUGCAAGAACGUCGUUGAUCAGAAUGUCUGUUUUUAGCUGUCAUGUUGUCCUUUUCAUUUUCAAGUGGAAUGUUGAGACAAAAAGACAAAUUAGGACCUCACUUGGUUCAAUACUGUGCCUUUGUAUCGCAGUAGGUAAAGCUUCAACAUAUGGAAGACUAAAAGACCAAUAAAAAUUAUCUGACUGACCUUAUUUUGAAUCUAAAUGACUGAAUCUAAAAUUGCGUCCAUGUGGCAGAAUAUUAUUAAAAAUAUAACUCAUUUUUAUAUGAAUUCUAAAAUGUGUAAUUAAGUAAUGAUUUUAUUGUAAUAACUGUCGUGAGGAUUCGUUAUUUUAUACGGCUUACUCACACGUAUUUAUCAGGAUCGCCCGACUAGUUUCGGAUCUAACUGGACUCCUUAAUCAUGAGCUAACGUUGCGCUUGGCAAGCGAGUCGAAGCCACCAUAAGGAGUCCGAAACUAGUCGGACAAUCCCGAUAGUAUUUAUAACAUAUAAAUAAGAAAUCUGACCAGCAACAUU